UUUAACUUCCUUCGACUUUGGUUCCCAUCGACUUUGGCUCCUUCGACUUUGCUUUCCAGUGAGCAACCAGGACGACGAAUUCCAGCAGCUGGAACAUGCCAGGGUCGUGGGAGCGCAGCCCAAGAAGAAGGCUGCCAUGAACCCUAGCAGCAAUGUCACUGUGCAAUCCCAUGCACAAGAAUUCCCUGCACAGCGUGUCAAUGGCUUCUACGGAACCAUGGUCAAUGGUUUUGGCAGCAUCAUCGGAACCCUGGGCAUGAUCCCGUGUUGCAUCUGCUGUCCGAACCCAUACAAUACAAUUGAACAGGGCACCAUUGGUCUUGUGACCAGGUUCGGUCGUUACUACAAGACCGUGGACCCAGGACUCAUCCGCUUAAAUCCGUACACCGAGCAAGUCCAGAAAGUAGACAUGCGUGUUCAGAUUUCACACAUCUUGAAUCAAGUCAUCAUGACCAAGGAUAAUGUCAAUGUGCAGAUCGACUCGAUUAUCUACUGGCAUAUCAUUAAUCCAUACCAGGCGCUGUAUGGCGUCUCGGAUGUGCGCGUGGCCCUGAUCGAGAGAACAAAGACGACGCUGAGACAAAGUCUGGGAGCAAGGGUUCUUCAGGAUAUCAUUGAGAACCGAGAGCAGCUUGCGCAUGAGAUCCAGGAGAUUAUUGAUGCGCCCGCACACGCCUGGGGCGUCACUGUCGAAAGCAUUUUAAUCAAGGAUAUCCAGUUUUCGAAGGGUCUUCAGGAGUCGCUGUCUUCUGCCGCGCAAGCCAAGCGCCUUGCAGAGUCCAAGGUCAUUCAGGCACAGUCUGAGGUCGACAGUGCCAAGCUUAUGCGACAAGCUGCCGAAUUCCUGAACACACCCGCCGCAAUGCAGAUCCGCUACUUGGAGUCCAUGGCUGCCAUGGCUCGCCACAGUGGGCAAAAGACCAUCUUUAUGCCUACAUCAGAUGAUGUCAGGACGCAUUUCCACCCUGCUGUAGGAAGCGCAGUGGCCCCUGCAGAUGGCAGUUCAUCCUCGGCCGGGUUCUCGAUGCCAUCUAUCUCAGUCGCUGGUCCAGGUGGUAGCCAGCAGUUCCUGAGCUAUCAGAACACCGGCAAGAACUAAACCUAAGUUCGCCAGUUCGCUCAAUUAAGUCCUGAGCGAGUCAAUUGGAAUGUGGAUCCAUGGAUUGACCUUGAACACGAUGUUUGAUAUGAUAUGAAGGUCACCCACACUAAUAAAACCUAAAUGUCUGCGUAAACGA